GAGUAUGAUGAGUACAUGUCACCGUUUUAUACUCAUAUUUAUGUACUUUUAAGAAAACUAUUGCAAUGACUGCUGUUCAGGAAUCUUCGUGUAGGCUUUGCCUUAAAAUUAUAACCGAUAAAAGUUUUGAAGUAAUUGACAACGCAGUUAGAGGUAUUCUAGACGCUCUUUGGCUAAAAUUGUUAAAGUUGUAUAUUUUUCAGAGAAUUGACAGCCAAAGCAGAGAGGUAAUAUGUAAUUAUUGCAGAACAAACUUGAAUGCAGCGUUAGAAUUUAAGUCAACCUGUAUGAAGACCGAUAACACAAUUAAUUCGUAUGUGGAUCGCGAGAAAAUGUUAGAACUGAACUUAAUAGAAGUUUAUAUGAAGGAGAAGGGAAGCGAGCAGUCAACGGGUAUCUCAUACGAUCAAAAAGUAUGUCGGUUGUGUAUGCAGCUAGAGCAAAGUGAAUUUAAAUGCAUUGGUGAAGAGGAACUCGAAGCUAUUCAGACAGUCAUCCCCGAAAUCAAUAUCGCCAUCGUCAAAGAUCCUGUUCUAUGUAAACCCUGCUUUGACUCUCUGUGCGCUCACAGUGCUUUUCUGGCACAUUGUUUAGAAGUAGAGGAAAAUAUCAAAGACACUCUUGAGAGUUCGGCUACAGAGAGUCAAACAGACACGUCACCUUCCGAUUUAUUCAUUAAAACUGAAGGCCUGACCGAGGAAUCAGAAAUUAACAAAGUUGAAAUGUUAAUCAAAGCCGAGUGCGUCGAUAUAAAAUCGGAAGAAGAUGAACGAAGAGAUCCCAUGCUGUUUCACUCGAAAAACGAAAUAUUCGAUGCAGAGGAUAAUGGAUUUGAAGUUUUGUGGAAACACAAGAUUAAAUCUAUGAACGAGUGUGGUACAAAAACAAGACAGGAGAGCACUUUGAGCAACAAUUGUGGUAAAGGUGUUUAUGAAGCUGAAAGUAUGGCCCAUUAUACGACACAUGAGAACGCCUCGGAAAUGUGUAAAUGCGAAACUUACGAAUACGUAACUGAAAAUAAGAGUUCAGAGGUUCUAACCUACCCGUGCAUCUACUGCGAUUAUAAAACUAAACAGAAGUGGGCCCUGGUGAGUCACAUGCUGAAACAUAAGGACCCCCUGCAGGUGUCGAUGUACAAGUGCGACAUUUGCGAUUACAAAUCGAAAUACAAGAGCAACGUGACGUACCAUCAGAAAACGCACAAGGAUUCCUCGCAGGUCGUAAUGUACAAGUGCAACGACUGCGACUAUCAAACUAGGCACAAGACAAGCAUCAAAGGCCACCAACUGAUCCACAAGGACCGUUCCCAGGUGCCGUGGUACAAGUGCGACCAGUGCGAGUACGAAUCGAUAUAUAAGAGGAACGUUGCCACUCAUCAGUUGAUACACAAGGAUCCGUCCGAGGUCAAAAUGUACCAGUGCAAAGACUGCGAUUACAAAGCUAAACGUAAGUCGUCUCUUGUACGACACGCGUUGAGGCAUAAGGAUUCUUCGCAGGUCUCGAUGUAUAAGUGCGACGUUUGCGACUACGAAUCGAGGUAUAAGAACCGUCUGACUUACCAUCAUUUGUCGCACAAAGACUCUUCGCAGGUACAAAUGUACAAGUGUAACGACUGCGAUUAUAAGACGAAGCGCAAGAGUAAUAUGAAAACUCACUUGUUGAUCCAUAAAGACCGUUCACAGGUGCCGAGGUACAAGUGUGACGACUGCGACUACGAAUCCAUAUACAAGAGAAAUUUCAAUUUUCACCUCCUGACGCACAAAGAUCCGUCCAGGGAUCGAACGUUCCGGUGCGACGAGUGCGAUUUCGAAACGAAGCAUAAGAGUUCUUUCAAGAGGCACCAGUUGAGGCACAAGAAACGUACGUCGGCGGAUGUGAUUGUGCCAGAUGGAUAGACCACGACGAAUUGAUUUAGGUGCUCUGUGCUCUUUUUUCGAGUUCAGUGGUACAAACCGAUUCCUAUUUUAGAUCGUCUGCAUAAAAAAAGUCUAAAAGAACUAAUUUCAUCAUUUUAGUCGUUAAGUUAUAAAGCAGAGCUGAAGGGGUCCAAGCGUGGGACCUUGGGGAACACCCGAUGCACAAACACGACGAAACUAGAUAAAUAUUCUGACCAAAGACCCCUCGGUUAUAUGGGUAAUUAUUUACUAUAGCAUAAAAUACGCAAAUCGUCACAAAAAUUUUGCCGUCACCUUAGUUUGGAGGGUGCUGAACACAGAUCUGAAGUUAUUUUUGUGCGGUUGUUUCGAGAAAAACAAUUUUCAAAAUUCUGACUUGGACAUUUCACAGAACGCUACUAUCGAAAUAAAUUAAAUAGGCCCCUGAGUUUGGAAAUCGAUAUUAAGAAAACGUAACGGCGAAAAAAUUU